AUGAAGCACCAUUUGAUGGUCGGUACCUGGACCGCCCCCGGGCGCAUCUACACCGUGCAAUUCGAUGACGAGGCCCUCACGUUGGAGCUUGCCAAGAAGACUGACAUCCCCGAAGCUGAGCCCAUCUCAUGGAUGACCUUUUCACACGACAAAAAGGCGAUAUAUGGCGCGGCCAUGAAAAAGUGGAAUAGCUUCGCUGUCAACAGUCCAACUGAGAUCGUUCACCAAGUCUCGCACCCAGUAGCUGGUCACCCUCUCGCUGCCAGCAGUGAGACCAAUACCCGUGCCAUCUUCGUGCUCGCCGCCCAGAAGCCGCCUUACAAUGUUUACGGCAACCCCUUCUAUAACCACGCUGGCUACGGUAAUGUGUUUUCAGUGAAGCCCGACGGCGCGCUGGACAGCAACAUCCAGAACUACGAAUACGUUCCCAACACUGGUAUCCACGGCAUGGUAUUUGACCCGACGGAGACCUAUCUGUACUCCGCCGAUCUCACGGCCAACAAGAUUUGGACACACAUUAAGGAUCCUCAGACGGGUGAAUUGACCUUGGUGGAUUGUCUCGAGGCGCCUGAUGCCGGCGAUCACCCUCGCUGGGUUGAGAUGCACCCGAGCGGCAAGUACUUGUAUGCCCUGAUGGAGGCCGGCAAUCGACUGGCAGUCUAUGUGAUCGAUGAGCGAACCCACAAGCCAGUAUUCACUCACAUCACAUAUCCAUUAUUGCCCUCUGGUGAGCCUACCCCCCGCAACAAGUAUCGCGGCGAUGUCACUUUCUGUACCAAAGGCGGAGAAUAUCUGUUUGCGACAACACGAUCCAAUCACUUCGAUGUGACUGGCUACAUCACCGCAUUCAAGCUGGGCCCGCACGGCGAGAUCGAGCGCCAGCUUUUUAUUAAUCCUACCUCCACGAGCGGUGGCCAUUCCAAUGCCGUCAGUCCCUGUGACUUCAGUGACGAGUGGCUUGCACUUUGUGAUGACCAGCUUGGAUUUGUUGAGAUGUACCGAUGGCGCGACGAGAAGCUGGCACGCGUGGCGCGUGUGGAUAUCCCCGAGCAAGGAUUUGGGAUGAAUGCGAUCUGGUAUGACUAA